AUGGGCAAACACACACGCGCCAAAUCCUCCUCGAGAGCCUACGUAGUGUUCGUAGGAAGAUCGACCGGUGUUUUCUCCACUUGGGCCGAAUGCCAUGAACAGGUUCAUAAAUUCUCGAAAAACGAUUAUCGAAAAUAUGCUACUCGAGAGAGUGCAGAAGAGGCUUGGAGACAGAGCACGGUAUAUCUCAAAACAAAUGCGAGUUGCGCAGAUCCCAUAAAAGAAACCCAAAUCCUCCUGAAGCCGUCACCAACGAACAAGAGGCCAUUUCGUAAUGUUGCCGAUUUUACGGGAUCUGAAGACGGAGAAACACCUGCAGAGAAGAUAUGUAGAACGGAUUCCGGCCGACACCUGAACGACCUCAUACUCUUGGAGACCCCCCCAGGGCCAAAGCAAACACCGGUAGAAAGUUGCAUCAUUCUCACUCCCGCUCAACAAUCUGUAGUCAAUCUCGCAAAUGAACGUCAUAAUAUGUUCCUUACUGGAGCAGCUGGGAGUGGCAAAACUGUUACUUUGAAGGAAAUCAUCAAGUGCCUCCAGGACAAACCCAACCCAAUCGAUGUUUCCGUUGUAGCUCCAACUGGUAUUGCGGCUCUACCACUUGGUGGGAAAACUACGUAUUCUUUUGCGGGCUGGAGUCCCGACUCAUUUAAACAGCCAUUAGAAGCACUCCUUAGUAAAGUAACAGGAAAUACUAAAAAACGAAUUAAGAAGGUUGCGUGUUUGAUUGUUGAAGAAGUCUCAAUGGUGGAGAACCAGUUUCUGGAGCGGCUCAACAUGCUAUUCCAACAUGUUCUAGAGAAUGACCGGCCAUUUGGAGGAAAGCAGGUCAUAUUCGUCGGCGAUUUCCACCAAUUGCCUCCUGUUAAACUGUUCGAACGGUGCUUGAUAUGUGGCGAACCAAUGAACACUUCAUUAGUAGUGUUUGUGCGUCAGUACAAGUGUCAGACACCUGACUGUGCCAGUAAAGGAGUCAUCUUCAAGAAUGGUGAUAAAUGGGCUUUUAAAGCACCAGUCUGGGAUCAGCUGAAUCUCCGACAUGUCAAGCUUGAACAGAUUCAUCGCCAGAAAGAUGGCCGAUUCCAGACCCUGUUGAACAAGAUACGCAAUGGCGCAGAGUUAACACAAUAUGAGUGGGAGGAUCUCGAACGAAAGAAGACCUUGCCUCCUCACAUCUUUGCUAUUCGUUUGAUGUCGCGCAAGAUUCAAGUUGACAGAUUUAACGAUAACGAGUUAAGCAAGAUACAGAAUACGACCAUGUCUUGGAAGGCGAUUGACACUGUUAUCAAGCUGCAUCCUCGUAAUAAGUACGACUACUUUCCUUACAAAGACAUCAUGAACGAGGAAACUCGGCAACAAUAUUGGAGGAUUGAGAACAUUCGAAUAGAGGAAAAGAUCAAUGAGUAUAAGCGCCUCGUUGGUGACUAUCAUCGAUCUUCAUCAGAACUCUACCUGAAAGUGGGCGCGAAGGUGGUCCUGUUACACAAUCUCGACCCUAGCAGUGGUCUUGUAAAUGGAUCUCAAGGGGAAGUCGUGGGAUUCAAAGGAUUCCAAGAUGCUCUAGACGUAAAAAAGCACGGCAGGAUUGAAAUUGAAGCAUUUGAACGCUUCCGGAAAUCGAACCAUUUUGGCCGGCCCAUUGUCCACUUCGCACGCGGCAACCCAGUGGUAAUAAAGCAGAUAACCCUAGACAGCUUACAAGGCCCAGCAGACGACCGUUACCUUCUUUCACGCACGCAAAUACCCCUUGCCCUAGCAUGGGCACUGUCGAUUCACAAAAGCCAAGGCAUGACGCUCGAUUACGCUGAGGUCUCGUCCAAAGACAUAUUCGAAUCUGGCCAACUCUACGUCGGGCUGUCCAGAGUCACCAGAUUAGAAGGACUUACAGUCACUGGAUUCUCCAGGAAACAGACGGAAAUGGAUCCUGAGGUAUUGAGGUUUUAUCGAUGUACACCUUGGAUAAAGCUGGACCCAUCCAGCUAUAGUUAUGGGGUCAGAGGUAUCCAGAAUUUCGUAAACUUGACGUUACGUUCAAGUGGAGACGCUCAAUUUCCGCAUCGCACUUUAUCACCCAGUGAUCCAAGUGAAAUUAUUCCAGAGACUCAUAGCGAAGAUGAGUAUAACAAACAACAAUAA